AUGAGCUCCCAGGGCUUUUCUUUCCCACCACCUCCACCUCCUCCUCCGACUGUCUCCCAGCAACAUCCAGCAUACCCCUCUGCACAGUAUGGGAAUGGGCACUGGGCCGGGCGUGGAGCAGGUGGACGGGGUCGCGGGCGAGGCCAUAUGAACCGAGGCCGUGCCGGCCACUACUCUUCCGACGCUGGUCGGCCCUCGUACAAUCCUCCGAGUCACAACUCUACGCCGGGAAAUUAUGGAUACCCACCUCAUCCCAUGUCUGCAACGUCGUACAUGCCUCCCGCACCAUACUCUCAUGCGCAAAGCAACUACCAACACCCUCCGAACCCUCCCUCCUACCAACCUCAACAUUUCCCACAGCCCGCUGGAUCGGCACCCUACCAACCAUUACCUGGCUAUAAUAACGCCAACCAUGCACACCCUGGUCCCUACUCUGCACCACCUGCGCCAGCGUACCCCCCGGUACCAACUCCCCAGCAUGCCUCACCACAAAAUACUCCGGUAAUCAUGGGCUCCAUCCACUGGAGUACUGAAGCGCCGUCAUCAUACGUUGGUCCACCUGGACAUGGACAUGGAAAUGGACAUGGCCGUGGUGGACACCGAGGAUCCCACCAUGGCAAUCAUGGGCCCAAGCAGCGACAUCCGGGCAAACGAGACCACGGAUCUGCAUUUAAUAAACCACAAUCCACAGUGCCUAAAGUCCCAGCUCCGCCGCCAGUUCCAAGUUUUGGGAACCCUUUGCCGUGCAAACCUCCCCCCGCGGUAGAUGCCACUCGCCAGCCAAAGAAAAGGAAAAGAAAGCACAAUCUACUAGGGUUAACGCCUAAAACGGACGAACAUGAGUCCAGCGAGGAAGAGGAGCAUGUGGAUGAGGAAGCCAAAGCCGCAUCCGAUGCUGGGCCAUUGCAGUUUACCUACAAGGGAAAAACGGCCACCCUGCAGACCCCUACCGAUAUCGCCGCGUGGAUUGCUGAACGAAAGAAGAAGUUCCCCACACAGGCUCGGAUCGAAGAAAAGAAGAAGGCCGCUGAGGAGGCGAACGCCGCUCGUGAAGCCGCCCGAGAAGCGGCACGCCGGGAGAAGGAGCAAGCAAGGCAAGAAAAGGCCAAAGAAAUGGAAAAACAAACCCCGUUGUCAAACACUGGGCGAAAGCUUAGCGACGCCCAAGACCCUCUAGAGGAGGCGAAAAGGGCACAGCGCAAGGCGGAUAAAAUCCGGCGCACCCUGGACCGAGAGCAGAAACGCUUUGCCAAAGCCGAAGCCGAAGCAGCGGCGCGCCGCCUCAAGGUUGAGGCGCUACAAAAGAAGGUGUUAGGCUUGAGCCAAGAUCAGCCGAAUGGCGCACCUGCCGACUCUCAAAGUCUUUCAGCCUCAUCGAAUGGAGUGGACCCCGCGACGGCUAGUACCACGGACACCCCGAAAGACCAAGCGUCUCUAUCGGUCACUAAUUCCCAAGAGAUUACAGUGGCGCCAGAUGGUGUGGAUGCCAUGGAUCUUAUGUCCGAUGGCUCGGACCCCAGCGACUGGACUUCCUCUAGCGGGUCCGAGUCUGACAGUGACUCGGACUCCGGCAGUGAUGAUUCUGCGCCAGCGGCUAUUAGUUCACGGCGCGAAGGACCCGAAAAGGUGGCCCCACCCCCUCGUGAAGGCAAGAAGCAAAGCUGUCGCCACUUUGCUCGCACUGGGCAGUGCAAUCGUGGUGACAAAUGUAAAUUUUCCCACGAUGCGCUCAAACAAGGACCCAAAAGCAAGCCCGUUGAGAAGAAGGGACGCAAGGGACUUUUCCAAGCUGUCAGUAUUUCCCCGCCUAUGUACAAGUCCUACAGUCACUUUCUGGUUGACCAGCAAAAGACCGAGGAAGACAAGCGAGCAAUGGAGAUGAUUCUCUGGCUCGGGCAGAAUGGUUUACUGGAAGCGACCGCGAACGCCCCGCAAAUGGGUGCUUAG